UGGAGCGUUACAGAUGCCAAAGCAGACUCCUUCCCCAGACCUCCGGCUCACUUUCUGUUCGGGUUUGAUCAUAAAAAAUACAGCUGCUCUAUUGUUCAGUGUUCUGGUCAUCAGUCUAGACUUGUUUGUCAGAGUGGAGCUACAGGCUUUGCAGUUUCAUUUGCCUUCAUUCUGAGCUCAUUCUCAGCGAUAUGUCAGAGCGAAAUAAAAUAUUAUCUCGUCCCAUUUUCCGCCGAGAUGUGAGCUGGGAUCCUUUCCCAAACUGGACACAGCCGAGUCGUAUCUUCGCUCAGGAUUUUGGCCUCCCUCCUUUCCUGGAGCCGAGCGAUCUGGACUGGAUAGACUGGGCGAAGAGGAGACUGGCAUCUUUCUCCUGGCCGGGUUACACACAAUCUCCCCUUCUGCCUCCUUUCACCGGUCAGCACCCUGCAGCGUUGGACCAAAAGCGUCUGAGGCAGCUGACGAGCGGAGUGUCAGAAAUCAGAACAGGGCAGGACAGCUGGAAGAUCAACCUGGAUGUCAAUCACUUCUCACCUGAGGAGAUCAUGAUCACCACCAAGGAGGGUUACCUGCAAAUAUCAGGAAACCAUGAAGAAAGGCAGGAUGAACACGGAUUGGUCUCGAGGUGCUUCACUCGCAAAUACAAGUUGCCACAGGGGGUGGACCUGCAGCACAUCAGUUCAUCGUUGUCUGGUGAUGGUGUCCUGUCUGUAGAGGCUCCUGUUCCUGGAACAUCCAUCAGCAAUCCAGGCACUGAGAUCGUCAUCCCAGUUCAGAUCAGACAGAAGCAGGAGGGUGAAAAGUGAAACCAGUGAGCAGACCUUCAAACUGCAGUCAGACGUAGCCUAAGUUGGGUGUAGCAACUGUUUGUAGCACUGACAUAAAGACGAGAAAAGUUACUUUGUCGCAGCUUAAUAAUUUUGAUUCAUUAACAAACCGGUUGUCCUAUGAGACACUGUUUAAUACUGCAGGUCAUUGUCACCACCUCUUAUUUUGCUUUUACACAGUAAAACCAUCGAAUCAGUUAGUUUGGUCUUGAAUAAACAACACUAUGAAGCUGACAUCUUAGAAUCAUCAGCGAGUGUAUUAAACAACUACUGUCAUAUAAAUGAACAAAUAAUGCAAUUUUAGCCAUUAGUGUCUUUUAGCUGUUCCUCAGCUGAUUGUAGGAUUAAUAGGAACCAGUUUAAUCUGUUGAGAUUGUUUAUUGCUUUAUUUUGUAUGUUGAAAAUGUUUGUCAAAUUAUCCACUAGUGGGCACUGAUUUAGUGUAACAUUUGGGGGUUUAUCUCCACUUUCUGAGACUUUUUGUUAGCUUUUGGGUUCAACUUUAUAUAUUCGUGUAGAUCUUUAUCAACAAUGUGUCUUGCAGACCACAUAAUCAGCCUGAGUACAUCUUCCAAUUUACCUGUUGGAGAUUUAUUGUGCCAAAUUAGGCUCUGAAAAGAUUUACUGAAAGCACAUUUUCUCAAGUGUUAUGUUUUAAAUUGAAAUAAGUAACAUUUUAAAAAAAUACAGCUCACAUGAAUACAGUGCAUUUCUUCACAUGUAGCAAAUUUUGAGGAUUGAUUUGUAAAGGUUUACAGCUAGAAGGGUCAGAAAGGUCAGACAUGAGCUGAACUGAUCGAGGCCACGUCCUUCAAAAAGUCAACAGUGACAUCUAGUGUAAAAGUCAAACAUUACAGAACAGAUAAUCAUUGAAAAGAGUACUGUAAAAAAGUAUACAGAGGACUUUAUUUGAAAUCAGAUGUAGCAUUUCGAUUAUUACUGAUCAGUAAAGAAACAAACACUGAGUGUCAAUGGAAAAUAGAACAGUGGAAGCUCAUAUUAUUUUUCAUGAUUGUAAAAAAAUACAGUAGAAAAAUAGCAAAGAUGCUGUUAGAUGUUCCUAAUCAUCUGCAUAAAUUUUAUGCACUUUAGAUAUUUAGAUUCUUACUGAUCAGUGAGGCCACAAAUUAAUUCUGCUGUAUGAUGACAACAAGGAGCCCUGAUCUUAACAUCAAUUUUCAAGCUUCAUCUAGUUUUUUUUCUCAUUACUGACUUUUGUAUGGGGUUAACUGAUAAAUAAAAACCAUCUAUGGCAUUGUUUUUUAAGCAUCCCCUCUGUGCAAGUGAAGUUAAAUGUCUGUACUAACACCAUUUCACCAAACUGAUUCUUCACGCAAACACUUUCCUGUCCUUGUUUUGGUUUGUCCUUAAUAAAAACUGAAACCAUCA